CAAGAGCCCUCUAUGGACAAACAUGUCAUCAACAACUUCCAACCGAAGACAUCAUCUAACUCUGAUAGCUGCUCUUGGGGUUUUGUGUUCAGUGGUACUAUUUUUUGUUUACUUUAAACCCUCAUCUACUGCAUGUUCAUCUCGGUUGGAGGAUUUGCCAUUUUUGGCAAAGGGAGAUGUUUCCUCACCUACCAAAAAGCCUGUGGAAAAGCCACUUGUGUUGCUCUGGUUCUGGCCACUGGGUGUGAGAUGGAAUUUUUCGUUCUGCCAAACCCAUUUCAACAUUGAUAGCUGUGUUCUGACAGAUGACAGAUCCCUUUAUGACAAAGCAGACGGAGUGGUUAUUUUUCACCAAGACAUCAGCUGGGACCUGAAGAACCUUCCUCAGUCUCCUCGUCCACAUUUUCAGAAAUGGAUCUGGUUUCAAUUGGAAUCACCAACAAAUACUGCCAGAAAACCAGGUGUGGAAAACCUCUUUAACCUCACUUUGGGCUAUAGACGAGAUGCUGACAUCACAGUGCGAAAUGAAUUGACAACCGUGAAGAAUGGAAAAGACAGUGAGUUUGUGCUGCCCAAGAAGGAUAAAUUGGUUUGUUGGAUUGUGAGCAACAACAAUCCUGCAACUGGGACAGGAACCAGAGCAAAGUACUAUCAAGAGCUGGUCAAACACAUUAAGAUACAUCUUUUUGGUUCUGCUUUUACAGGGAGUCGUUUGAAGUAUGAGGACUAUUACUCAACCCUUGCUAGCUGUAAAUUCUACCUUUCAUUUGAGAAUUCAAUCCACAGAGACUACAUCACAGAAAAGGUGAACGGACCACUUGUAGCAGGAACCGUACCAGUAGUCUUGGGCCCACCCAGAGAGAACUAUGAAAAGUUUUUCCCAGCUGAUUCUUUCAUUCAUGUAAAUGACUUUACUAAUGCAAAGGCACUGGCUGACUUCCUUCUUCAAUUGGACAAGAAUGAUGAGAUGUAUGUAAGUUACUUCACUUGGAGGAGGUACCUUAAGGCCAAGCCCCACCUCCAGAGAAUAGAGCAAGAGUUUUCUCAACCUGUUUGUUUAGCCUGUGAAUACAUGGCAAGAGACAAGGGAUAUUAUAAAGUUUUCCACGACGUUUAUGAAUGGUACUUUGUUUGAGUGUUUAGCCAACAUUUUGUAAGCACAGAAAAGUUCUAUUUGGCUUACCUACGUAAUUUUGCUUUCUUUUUUUGUAUCAAUUCAAAGUGUGGUCAUUCAAGGUUUUUGGGUCGAUUUUAAUUUUUUUGUUUUGUAUAAUAGCCUCAGUUAUGAGGUUUACAUCUAAUUGUUUUAUAAGAUGAAUGAGUGAGGAUGAUACUGUUUGUGAAAUUGUGUAAUGUGAUUUGGACUGUUUAAUCAAAAUUCCAAUUCCCAUUGGAGUUUAACUAAGUCAGAUGACCGCUCAUGAGCACAGGUCGGGCAUCCUGGGACAGGCCCUUUUCUUCUCUUCCGAAUAAAACCCCCACCCAGGUUUUCUAUCACAAGACCAUGUUUCUCUCAAUUACGAGGGGACAAAGGUUGCAGAACAGCUUACCUUGAUAACGAGAGGGCCAAUGUUUGAGACCAAACUGCUGAAUAUUUUCACCAUCCCACGUGGUUAAACUCUUAGACUAUCGAUACCGACAGAAUAAGAACAAGUCUUUGAUAUUAAUUACUAACCUGCAGCUAUGAAUUCGGUAUCAUUGAAUGCAAAGACCGACAACCGCCAAAACAUCUAUUCUAUAAGGACAUGAAUGAAUGUCACUGAACCUACCAUUCUAACCACGACAGAGGGUGGACAGACUCUCCAACAGAAACAAACAUUUCAACAGAGAUCCCGACAACACACUGAGCGUAAAUAUAUAUAUAUAUAUUGAUUGCAAUUAUUCCUGAAUGAGUGAGCGUUCAUGUGCAAAGGAUUAGCAUUUCAAUUGUUAUAAUUAUCAACUUUGUAGUGUCUCAUCUCAGGUGACCCCCACUUCCCUUUUUGUCCACCAAGCUGCGAUACCGGUUUAUCCCACUAUGGAAACUCCGUUAUCAUUUCCUUGUAAUUAUUUCCUAUUUUUUAUGCAUUUCUGUUAAUUACUUAGUUAGUAAAUAAAUGAUUUAAGACAAUUGAUGUAUGGAUGACUCAUAGUGAAGACUGGGUUCGUGCAGAUAAUUUACGACGUUUGAAAAAGACUAACGUGAGGUAAAGAAGAAUUCAUUAAUUAGAAGACUAUUGGUCAGAUACUGUAUGAAAAUAUCUGAAAGUUAUAUUAGGAAAAUUAUAACGUUAUAAUCUGAAUAUUUUCCUUGGUGCCCCGACUUCCUAGUUAAUUACAGGAUUGAUCAGUUUAAUCGCGUAAUAAUAAUUAGUUAUUUGAUAACGAUUCAUCUUCAGUUUAAUGAUGCCAAAGACACGACACAGCUUAUGCAAAAGGUUAGUACAGUUUAUUCACGAGAACAUUCUGAAGUCCAUUAUACAAAGACAUCCAUUUUAUACCUUGCUUCUUACUUACGCACAUACUUCCACACAAACAGUAGAUAUCCUACUCACAUACAUACACACAAACAAGUUAUAUUACAGGUCGAAGAAACAUUUUAAACUAUGUACAGAAUCAAUCGUUAGGAUGUUUUUAACAUAUACC